AGGCGGCCAAAACCCAAACUAAAAAAGAAAAAAAACCCGUGCUCUGCCCGCCCGUGGGCCGUGGCAGCUCCGCCCCGCAUGGCGAACCAGGUCCGGCAUACCACCACUCCACAAUGAACCUCGCCGUCGCCGCUCCCGCCGCCGUGCCGGGCGCGGUGCCGCCUCCCCGCGCCGCGCGCCUACCCCGUCGCGGCGGGGGCCUCCCCGCGCGCGCGGCCACGGGCUCGGCUGCCUCCGGCUCAACCUCGUCGUCGUCGCCGCCGCCCGCGGCGGCGGCGGCGCCCGUCUACGCGCCCACGCCGCAGGACCGGCCGCUCCGGACGCCGCACAGCGGAUACCACUUUGACGGCACCGCCAGACCUUUCUUCGAAGGAUGGUACUUCAAAGUGGCCAUACCCGAGUGCAGGCAGAGCUUCUGCUUCAUGUACUCCGUUGAGAACCCGCUGUUCCGUGAUGGGAUGAGUGAUCUCGACAAGUUGGUACACGGUCCACGCUUUACUGGCGUGGGAGCACAAAUCCUUGGCGCGGAUGAUAAGUACAUAUGCCAAUUCUCCGAGAAAUCAAGUAACUUUUGGGGAAGUAGGCAUGAACUAAUGCUUGGAAACACAUUCAUUCCCAACAAAGACUCAACUCCCCCGCAAGGGGAGGUCCCCCCUCAGGAGUUCUCAAAGCGUGUUUUGGAAGGGUUCCAAGUCACCCCAAUCUGGCAUCAGGGUUUCAUACGUGAUGAUGGAAGGUCAAAGUAUGUGCCGAAUGUCCAAACAGCUCGUUGGGAGUACAGCACACGUCCAGUUUAUGGGUGGGGUGAUGUCAAAUCUAAGCAGUUAUCAACAGCUGGUUGGCUUGCAGCUUUUCCUUUGUUUGAACCUCAUUGGCAAAUAUGCAUGGCUGGUGGCUUGUCCACAGGAUGGAUAGAAUGGGAUGGAGAACGGUUUGAAUUUGAAAAUGCUCCAUCUUACUCAGAAAAGAACUGGGGUGGAGGUUUCCCAAGGAAGUGGUAUUGGAUCCAGUGCAAUGUCUUCUCAGGCACUUCUGGUGAAGUUUCUUUAACUGCUGCUGGUGGAUUGAGGAAAAUUGGAGUUGGUGAUACUUAUGAAAGUCCUUCGCUGAUUGGAGUACAUUACGAGGGAAAGUUUUUUGAAUUCGUACCUUGGACUGGAACAGUAAGCUGGGACAUCGCACCAUGGGGUACCUGGAAGAUGUCUGGCCAGAACAAAAGUCAUCUGGUUGAAAUAGAAGGAACCACUACAGAACCAGGUACUACUUUGAGAGCUCCUACUAUGGAGGCUGGACUUGUGCCAGCAUGCAAAGACACCUGCUAUGGAGAUCUUAAGCUACAACUGUGGGAAAAGAAAGAUGAUGGUGGCAAGGGAAAGUUGAUCCUCGAUGCCACAAGCAACAUGGCGGCGCUGGAAGUCGGUGGGGGCCCCUGGUUCGACGGGUGGGAAGGGACAACUGUUGUGAACGAGGUUGUAAAUAACAUUGUUGGCACCCCAAUCGAUGUGGAGAGUCUUUUCCCCAUCCCAUUUCUGAAGCCCCCAGGCCUGUAGGAUCUGCCAGGAAUCUGAAGAAUGCUGUGCUGAAGAAGCCUUCACAGUCCAGAAAGUACCAGAACGAUUCAAACAUGAAAGUAUGAAACAUGUUGCUUUUCAGACGUUCACUGCAGGGUCCUUGCUCUGGUGGUCCAGUUUUGUCACAGUUUAUUAACUUCUAGAAAAGAAAAUAUGCAGUCCUCUGGCCAGUUGGCCUCGCCCCGAGUCUUGGACCCAUUUUAACAUUCUACCCUGUACGAGUCUGGUUGGUGGCACUGCUCUGCACAACUUAUUGCCAACCAGUCCUGUGGUCAUGGUACUACUAUCAUCCUGUGGUCAUGGUACUACUAUCAUCCGGCAUAGUCACAUGCACAUCAACAUCGUUGCUUUGUUUCCCUCUUUUUGAAAACUGGAUUCUUUUUCACUGGAAUUUCUCUUGGUGGGGAUGACUGAAGAGAAAUAGAGACAUCCUUUCAAGUAUGAUAGGACAAAAUGAUAGGGUGACUCUAAAGUUGUGGAGCCCCCAUUUUGCUCUUCUUGCGAUGUGAUGCUAUAUGGGUCAAAAGUUGUAUCAGAAUUGUUGUCGUCACCUUUUUGCCCGCCUUAUGUGGAUUUCAUAGGGCCUUUGGCCUGCUGGGAUACUACGUAAUUUGAGUCGCUUGGUUUGAGGCUCUUGCGUGAAGAAAUAAACGGGAUGACUGACGCAUGGAUUUGUAAGGUUCGUUAAUGAGUACAACAUUAUUGUGAAA